AUGGUACUGAGGUGCAUGAAGGCACACCGUGUGUGGGUGUGUGUGUGUGUGUGUGUGUGUGUGUGUGUAUGCGUGUAUGGGUGUGCUUGUGGCCCCUGAGGUAUUUGGGAGUGAUCCUGUGAAGUGAGGUGUGUGCAGCCCAAAAGCUGUGUGAAGGGAGUGUUGUAUGGAAGAUACGUGUGUGCACAUUGGCUAAGGUGAACUCGGUGAGGCUGACUGGGGGCCCGAGGGGGCUGUGCAGGCGUAGAAUGGGAAAGGGAAGAGGGCACCUGCUGCCUCCGUGAGUCACAUCCUGGAGGGUUGGUCUUGAUUUCUGGCGGUGUCUGCUGCCGCCUUUGCAGGGGUCAAGGUCUUCUGAGCUUGAGGAGGUUGAGGGCUAUUGCAGGACAUGCUCUGGGACCUGCUGGGCUGGGGUACCCACUUCUGGUCACUCUGAGGGGUCAAUUGAGAAGCCUGUCUUCUACAGGCCCUUGGUAAGUGGUUCUGCUUCCAGGAUUGUAGUAGGACUGCCCUUCACCCCAAAGGGUUUCUGGAAGGAUCACCUUGCCACCCUUGACAGUAAUGUGCCUCUUCCUGAACUAGCUCCCAAGGAGACUGAUGUCUAGCCAAGUCUGAGAUUUCUGGCUGAGCAUUACCCAGUGCAGAACAAAGCGAGAGAGUAUAAGAUACUAAUUCUCAUCAAAGCCUCUGGGGCAUCUGGGGGCAUCUGAGGCAGGCCAAGCCCAGGGCUUGACCCCAUGUUCCUGCUGCCCAUGUGUCUGUGCAGAAUGGAGGAGAGUAGGAACUCAGUUAAAUGUAUAAAGAGAGUGAACUUGGUGUUCACCAAGGAAAGAGGGGUCACUUAGGGCCCUGGGCUGCUAAGGAAGAGCAUUCUGAAGGUUUCCUGCAGUCAUGCCAUUAUGGAGCUUUUAAGAGUCCCAGAUGUGUAUAAUUGCUAUGGGCUAAGAAUGACCCAGGACCCUAGGUAAGAGUCAUCUGUUUAGGGGGUACCCAAUAGGGCUUCCCAAGGCCCUUCAGAGUGAUCUCUAUAGUAGCCUGGUCCCCAUUUACCUUUCCUGGCCCAGAUGAACCUCAAGGUGUCCGCAGGUGUGAUGUGUCCAUUCCCAUGUGCAUGUGUGACUGCACCCAGAGCAAAAUCUCACAGUUAGGUUUCACUUAUGGCUCAUAUCCCCUUAACCCCCAGGUCCUGGCCAGGAGACAAGCACCCACGCACCCACCUGCAUACAGCAGCAGUCCAUUACAGGGGACAGCCAGGAAUGAGGCUAACUGCUGUCUUCUGAGGUCACAUCCUUCUUGGAGCAUGUCUGUUGUAUCCCUGAGUCACCACAGUGGCUCCAGGGCAAAUGAAAGUGGUCUGUGGAACUGCCCCUCUCAAGCUGUGUGAGGCCGAGUCUGCUCUGGCUUUGUGAUAUGCAGGAGCUCACACAGCACUCUGAGACUGGCUGAAAUCGCAAGGAAGCUAUCUGUUGUGCAGCCAGUAAGGACUGCUGCUGGCUGACAGUUACUGGUUAACUCACCCUGUUCCUGUUUAACUUGUCCCCUGGGGACAGUGACAGCCUCUGACCUCCAGGGACCCUGUCCAGCUGGCUGAAUAGACAGAAAGGAGUCCUUCUCAGUCUUCAGUGGACCCAUCUGCUCGGUUAAGGAGCCCCAGUGGAGGCAGGGGUGGAACCAGUGUUCGGCCUGCAGAGGCCCUGGAAGAGCCAUGGCAGAUGUCUGUGACAGGGCCCCUAAUUUCCUCUCGCCAUCUGAAAACCAGGCCUUGGGACCUGCCCUUGGUAGUACAGUUGCUUUGAAUUGCACAGCUUGGGUGGUCUCUACACCCCAGUGUCCCCAGCCCUCAGUACAGUGGCUAAAAGAUGGUCUUCCAUUGGGCAAUGGAAGCCACUUCAACCUCCAUCAGGGCUUUUGGGUCGGCGCCAACUUCUCAGAGGUUGUGUCCAGUGUUCUGGUGCUCAACUUGACCAAUGCUGAGGACUAUGGAAGUUUCACCUGCUCUGUCUGGAAUGUCAGCUCCCACUCCUUCAGCCUCUGGAGAGCUGGCCCUGCUGGCCAUGUGGUUGCAGUGCUGGCCUCCCUCCUUGUCCUGCUGGUUCUGCUGCUGGUGGCCCUGCUCUAUGUUAAGUGUCGUCUGAAUGUGCUGCUUUGGUACCAAGACGCCUAUGGGGAGGUGGAGAUGAACGAUGGGAAGUUAUACGAUGCCUACGUGUCCUAUAGCGACUGCCCGGAGGACCGCAAAUUUGUGAAUUUUAUUCUGAAGCCUCAGCUGGAGCGGCGUCGGGGAUACAAGCUCUUCCUGGAGGACCGCGAUCUCUUGCCGCGCGCUGAGCCCUCUGCCGACCUCCUGGUGAACCUGAGCCGCUGUCGGCGCCUCAUCGUGGUUCUUUCAGACGCCUUUCUGGGCCGGGCCUGGUGUAGCCAAAGCUUCCGGGAGGGACUGUGCCGCCUACUGGAGCUCACUCGCAGACCUAUCUUCAUCACCUUCGAGAGCCAGAGGCGGGAGCCCAUGCACCCUGCUCUCCGGCUCCUGCGCCAGCACCGCCACCUCGUGACCCUGCUGCUGUGGAAGCCUGGCUCCGUGACGCCUUCCUCCGAUUUUUGGAAAGAGCUACAGCUGGCACUGCCGCGGAAGGUGCAAUACAGGCCGGUGGAGGGAGACCCCCAGACCCGACUCCAGGACGACAAAGAUCCCAUGCUAAUCGUGAGAGGACGAGCUGCCCAGGGCCGGGCCAUGGAGUCAGAGCUGGAUCCAGACCCUGAGGGAGACCUGGGUGUCCGAGGACCUGUCUUUGGGGAGCCGCCAACUCCACUGCAUGCAAGCAGGGUCUCCAUGGGAGAGGGCCACAGCAGUGAAGUGGAUGUCUCGGACCUUGGCUCUCGGAACUACAGUGCACGAACAGACUUCUACUGCCUUGUGUCUGAGGAUGAUGUGUAGCCCUUAUCCUAGCAGCCCAGAUCAUAGGGUCACGGUGGCAGCUUCCAGGGUAGAGGCAGGCACCUCUUCUCCCCAGGACCACAACCCUUGCCUGUAGCUCUGAACCUCUCGGGGAAGGAGUGUGGCUCCAGGGUGUCACAAAAUAAACUUGUCUUUGCUCCUGCCUGG